AUGUUCACUACUCUAGAGAAGGACGAGCAUGCUCGUAGGAGACGGUUAAUCGCUGACCGCUACGCCAACACGAACGUCCUGAGACCGCAGUCGCUUGGGGGUAUCGCCCAAAAUGCGACGAACUUUGUCCGGAGGUGUUUUGAGUCUGUCGGAGGGAGUCUUGAUAUUUAUCCAGGUCUUCACGCUUAUGCCUUCGACUGCAUCACGCAUCACCUGUUCGAUCCCUAUGACACCAAAUCUCUACAGGACGUCAAAGACGAGGAGGUCAUGCGUGAAGUGACCUUCGACGAUAGCUUACAGAACCGUCUCCUCAAGCAUUAUCACCCAACCAUCCAUCGUCUGCUCGGCAACGCCCUCCGCACGCUCUUCAACGCUAAACCUCGCGAGACACCCCUGGCCGAUGCUUUCGUCCUCGACAAAACCACGUCUCCCUCUCUCUCCCCAAGCCCAUCCCCUUUUACGCUCCUGCACCGGCUCAGGCAAAGCCUUGACAAAAGUGAGAAAGCCGACUACGACGACUCGGGGUCUGCUCAGGGAACAUUCAUCCCCGACUCCCUGGACAUCGCAGCCGAGUGUCUAGAUCACAUGGCCGCCGGUAUUGACACCACCGGCGACGCACUCUGCUUCCUAAUGUGGGAGCUUUCCCAACCAAGGUCGAGACAUGUCCAACGUAAACUGCAGCAAGAACUCCUCGCUGCUAAGUCGAACGGGGUCACGGAUAACAAGCUUGCGCAGCUGCCGUACCUAGAAGCAGUGAUUAUGGAGGGACUGCGUUGCUGGCCGGCUAUUCCAAUGAGUUUGCCGAGGGUCGUGCCGUGGGAUGAGAAAGGGGGGAAGGAGAUUGAUGGGUGGUGGGUACCGAGUGGUACCGUGGUAAGCUGUCAGGCGUAUUCGGUGCAUAGGUUGGGAAUUGAUAGUAAGGGUGAAUGGUUUCCUGAGGAAGCGGAGGGAUUUCGGCCAGAGAGGUGGCUUGGAGGUGAGGCCGAGGAGUGGAAGAAGCGGUUCUUUGCGUUUGCUACUGGAGGGAGGGGAUGCAUUGGGAAGCACCUAGCCCUCGCCGAGAUGAGGCUGCUCCUCAAGGAGGUCUACUCGCGCUUCAGCACGUUCCCUGACGACAGCAUGACGCAGGAGGAUAUGGACAUGUCGGACCAGUUGAUCUCGUCACGGCCGCGUGGCCAGCGAUGCUUGCUGCGGUUCGUGCCUCUGGAGGACCUGGCUGGCAAGCAUCACGGCUCUCCGACACCUGGCCGGCAGCAAAUGGCUGCUGAAGAACCCGAAAGUACGGUAUGGCGAGUCAACUCAACAUGUAAAGGCAUAGCCAACUCUUAUGUAGAGACGUUGGAUAAUGAGAGCCUUGGGGCUGCGUAG